AUGUCGCAAACAUCGACUCAAUUACAGCCAGCUAAAGUGGUUGCGCAUGAUGGCGUGACAGCAGCCGCUGUCGAAGAGACGACUCGUGUCUUUGUAUCCGGCCUUCCACCAAAUUUCACGAGUGAUCAACUUGCUUCCCACUUUGGCGCUCAAUAUAAAGUCACGGAUUCUCAUGUCAUAGCUGAUCGUCGCAUAGGCUUUGUCGGAUUUGCUGACCCAGCUAGUGCUCAAAAUGCGGCCAGGCAUUUUAAUAAGAGCUAUAUUCGCAUGUCUAAAAUCGGUGUGGAUCUAGCAAGGCCCGUUGAAGUGAGUCGUGACAAGCAAGGCAACGCUGUACCUUUGUCCCAGAAGAGGCAGAGGCUGGGCAACGAGGAUGAAAACAAGAAGAGGAAGAGAUCUAGAGCUGAUGACGGUGAACACCUCAGGAAUGGACCGUCCAACGAGCAGCAAGAAACCCUACAGAAGCCACAACACGACAGACGAUCUCAAGAUACAGACACUCAACAGGAGGAUGACGCUGCUCCCCAACCAGCGACAGAUAACGACUGGCUACGUGGCAGGACAACCAGAACCCUCGAUCUGAUGGAUCCGGAUGAAGUCCAAAUGCAUCAGGACGACGAUAACUUAUACACCGAGACCAUUCAGGAGGAGGCCGCCAAUUCUCAAACACAACAGGAGGAGUCGAAGAAUAGUCAGGUCGAGAUAUCUAAUGCAAGAUUAUUCGUGCGUAAUCUUGCCUUCUCCGUGUCUGAGGAUGACCUACAGCAACGUUUCUCGCCAUUUGGCAAGCUUCAAGAGGUACACGUUGUCAAAGAUGCCAGGACCUCUACAAGCAAAGGCACAGCUUUCCUGCAGUUUUCCGAGCCUCGAGAAGCCGAGGCAGCUUUGCAGCAGUGCGAUGGCAUCACGUUUCACGGAAGGUUGAUGCACAUCCUCCCUGCCUCAGACAAGCGCGACAAGGGCUUAAAUGACUAUGAAAUCUCACAGAUGCCCCUAAAGAAGCAGAAGGCGGUUAAAAGGAAGCUCGAUGCUGCGAAGCAGACCUUCAGCUGGAAUUCUCUGUAUAUGAAUCCUGAUGCUGUCAUGUCGUCCAUUGCUGAUCGGUUGGGCGUGGCGAAAGCUGAUAUUCUCGAUCCCACAUCGGCUGAUGCUGCUAUCAAGCAAGCCCAUGCUGAAACACAAUUGAUCGAGGAGACGAAACAAUAUCUGUUCUCUGCUGGUGUCAAUACAGACGCCUUUAAGAACAAGGCAAGAGACGAGAGAUGUAUCUUGCUCAAGAACUUCCCAUAUGGCACAACCGAGGGAGAACUGAGGGCGUUGCUAGAGCCCUUUGGUUCCUUGACCCGAUUUCUGCUGCCUCCAGCUGGAACAAUGGCCUUAGCACAGUAUAAUGAAACAUUCUCGGCGUCCCAAGCGCUGAGACAUCUGUCAUACAAGAACAUCAAAGGCUCUGUGCUCUAUCUGGAAAAGGCCCCACAUAGCAUCCUAGAGCGCCAACCAACUGAAUCUGGUCAACACGAGCCCGCUGUCGACCAAUCGAACUCUACCGCUGGUGAAACUUCUACUGUAUUCGUCAAGAACCUGAAUUUCUCGACUACAAGCGCGCGUCUCAAGGAAAUAUCAGGUAGCCUUGCCGGAUUCGUGUCCGCGCGUGUCAAGACCAGGACUGACGCCAAGAGACCCGGCGAAGUCCUCAGCAUGGGAUUUGGAUUCCUAGAGUUUCGAUCAAAAGAGCAGGCCGCAGCAGCUGUAGAGGCCUUGUCCGGACACAGCGUCGAUGGUCACAGUCUGAUCGUGCAGUUGUCAACAAAGUCUAAUGAUGCUGGAGAGGAGACUCGUCAACAAGAUAAAAAGCGCAAGAAAGAGGCUAACCAAACCAAAAUCAUUAUCAAGAACUUGCCUUUCCAGAUCUCGAAGAAGGACAUUGGGUCUCUCUUUGCUCAAUAUGGCGAGCUAAAGAAGAUCCGCGUCCCUCGCAAGUUUGACAAUUCCACGAGGGGCUUUGCAUUUGCCGAGUUUGUGACACCGAAGGAGGCAGAAAACGCUAUGGAAGCCCUUGGUAAUACUCAUCUCUUAGGUCGGCGGCUCGUGCUCGAGUUCGCUCAGGGCGAUAAUGUCGAUCCCGAAGAGGAGAUCAGGGCCAUCGAAAAGAAAGUGGAACAACAGAGCAACCGAGUCCACAUCAAUUCUCUCAAAGGGCCGGGUCGAAAGAAGUUCAGUCUCGAUACUGCACGAGAUGAUGACCUAACAUAA